AUGCAGAGUCGUGUCUGUGGUGGUUGCGGCAAGGAGGCGCGUUUCUUUGAUGGCGGUGGCUUGGGACGGAUGGGAACUGUAAAGUUGGGAUGUUUCUCUGUGGCUUCUGGAAUCCGGACGGGGCGUUUUUUCUGGCGGUGGUUGCACGUGAAGUCUGUGAAUAACGGCAGGUGCUCCCUGGCACCUUCCUCAACACCAAAAGCACCACUUGACAAGAGGCGCCUGACCAGGAAACAUGUGCAGCUUCGCGCCGAGCAAACCUCAGUUGAGAACGCACACGCCAACUGCGACGUCGUUGCACAGCCAUCGUUUACGUGCAUGGCCCCAUCGCGCUCUCUCGCCUCACUCCCCGCGACCGAACCCUCUCCAGCGGUUGGACCAAGCCAAGAGCGCUCGAGCUCGCCAGCAUGUGAUCCCUACACCAUCAAGGUCGACAAGUUGGAAUGGCAGCGUUUUCCGCGGCGACAGCAAGGGAGAGGCGAAGACACUGGUCGACCGUAA